ACCUCCCGUGCCUAUAUAUACCACCGGCACCACCACCACCCAACUCCACAUUGCAAUCCACCGCCGCCGCCGACGACGAACAAACACACGAGCGAGCAGAGAGUCAGAGGCACGGCGACACAGACAGGCUUGAGUUGAGGGGGAAGGUGGUACGUCGACAUGGACGUGCACUCGGCGCCGGUGGCGGCGAGGAGGAUGUGGGGGUACCUGCGGGCGGUCUUCUUCAUGAUGCGCAAGGGCAAGCGCAAGCUGCUCCUCGGCGCGCACCUCCUCAUGAAGCGCCGCAACAAGGCCGUCUCGCGCUCCGUCGCCAACCUCCUCUCGCACCACCACCACCACGGUCACCACGGCGGCCGCGCGCUGCGCCGCCGCGAGUACGAGUUCUCCUGCGGCGACAGCCCCGACCCGGGCUCCUUCUCCAUGCGCCGCCUCGCCUUCCCCUGCCUCGGCGCCGCCGACGACGUCGACCAGCCCGGCCGCCUCCGCGCCGAGCACCCCGCGCCCGCCACGCCGCCGCGGCACAUGAUCGAGUACUACGCCAACGCGGCGGCCGCGUCCCCGGCGCCGUCGUCGCCCGGGGCGCUGAUGAUGAUGCACGAGGAGUCCGAGCUCGCGCUGGGGGAGGAAUGCACGCCGGCGGGGAUGUCACCGCUGGUGCCCGGCGCGGCCGACGGCGGGUUCUCGGUGCGGGUGUCCAACUUCUCGUCGGACGAGGUCGACACCGACCAGCUGGGCCUGGGCGAGGCCGUGGACGACGAGGCGGAGGAGUUCAUCGCCCGCUUCUACGCCCAGCUGCGCCGCCAGAACCACAUCGGGCUGCUCCCGUACUACCUCCAGGAGGCCGCCGCGUGAUCGGCGAGCCGAUGAAGUUACCUAGCUGCGACGGCAUUGUGCGGGGAGGCCUGCCGGAGAUCGAUUCCAUGAUUGCUUGGACGUGGUGGGGUGACCGUGCGCACGCAACGGCGCAUGCAUGCUUGCUUGUCCAUGGCUGGCAUGCGUGUGUCGGGGGACAGGAAUACGUCGUGUGCACGAAUGUGUAGCAGUUACAUCAUCAUGUAUAUACAUGCACGUACGUACGAUUGCGCAUGCGUGACAGCGUGGGCAUGUACCCUCUUCUUUUUCGGCAUGUAUUUAAGUGUAAAGAUGUGAUACAUCGAGUCCCGGAUGGGUUUUAGUUGCUCGGAUCAAGUAUACUUUGCAUUGUAAAUUUCCUUGUAUUCGUGUACGUGGUAACUUGAUCAAUAUAUGUUUAUCAAAAAAAAAAACUUGAUCAAUAUAUAUGUGCAUGCCAUC